UCAAUAUCGUGUUUCUCGAAGAACCUCCAUACAUCAGCUUGGCUUCACCCGACCCAGUGACGGGCCAGUGCAACGCGAACCGUGGCAUCCUCUGCAGAGUUGCUACGAAGGCAAUGAUGGCAAACGUGACCAACCAGACUCUGGCUCAGCAGAACAGCACCUACUACCAAUGCUGUUCGGGAUUCUGCAUAGACAUGUUGCAGAAAUUCUCGGAUGAGCUCGGUUUCUCGUACGAUCUCUUCCGCGUUGAGGAUGGCAAAUGGGGCACGCUUGAGAAAACCGAAACUGGCUACAAGUGGAACGGUCUGGUCGCCGCCCUCAUGAACCACAAGGCGGACAUGGCACUGAGCAGCUUCAAGAUCAAUUCGGAGCGUGAGAGUGUCAUAGACUUUACGGUGCCAUUCCUCGAGUCCGGGAUAGCCAUUGUGGUCGCCAAAAGGACCGGUAUUAUCUCACCCACGGCGUUCCUGGAACCGUUCGACACUGCCUCGUGGAUGCUGGUCGCCUUCGUUGCUAUACAAGUGGCUGCUCUCACUGUGUUUCUCUUCGAAUGGCUCAGCCCCGGAGGAUACAACAUGAAGGUUGCCCCUCCCCGCGACCACAAGUUCUCUCUCCUGCGGACGUACUGGCUCGUGUGGGCGGUGCUGUUCCAAGCGGCCGUCCACGUCGACUGUCCGAAAGGGUUCACGGCUCGAUUCAUGGCCAAUAUCUGGGCCAUGUUCGCCGUGGUGUUCCUGGCCAUCUACACUGCUAACCUGGCCGCCUUCAUGAUCACGCGAGAGGAAUACCAUGACUUCUCAGGCAUCGAGGACCACAGGCUCCAGAACCCCUACGUGAAGAAACCCCCCUUCAAGUUCGGCUACGUGACAUACACCAAUACGGAAACCAUCCUGAACAAACACCAGCCCGAGAUGUUCCGGUACAUGAGGGAAUAUAGCAAGUCGAGUAUCGCUUCUGGGAUCAAGGCUAUCAAGAAAGGGGACCAGGACGCCUUCCUCUACGAUGCCACUGUGCUGGACUACCUGGUGGGCCAAGAUGACGAGUGCCAACUGCUGACGGUGGGCACUUGGUAUCACAUGACGGGGUACGGCAUCGCUUUCCCGAGAGGAUCCAAGCACACGGCACAGUUCAACGAGAGACUCAUGUCAUACAAGGAUAACGGAGACAUGGAGAGGAUACAAAGGUUCUGGCUGACGGGCGCCUGUAAACCCAAGAAACAAAACAAACGAGCAUCAGAACCCUUAGCCCUGGAGCAGUUCUUGUCCGCGUAUCUCCUGCUGUUCUCUGGGGUCCUGCUGGCGCUGAUCCUGCUCCUGCUCGAACACUUCUACUUCAGAUACGUGAGACAACACUUAGCCAAGACGGAUUCCGGAGGCUGCUGCGCGCUCAUCAGUCUGAGCAUGGGUAAAUCGCUGACGUUCCGCGGCGCUGUGUUCGAGGCCCAGGACAAGCUGAGGCGCCACCGCUGCCGAGACCCGCUCUGCGACACCCACAUCUGGAAGGUGAAGCACGAGCUCGACAUGGCCAGGGUCAGGAUCAAGCAGCUGGAGAAGGAGCUGGAGUCCCACGGCGUCAAGCCCAGCAGGAAGUUCGCCAGCAG